AUGGCUGCCAGGAACGACGACGAGGCUACCUUCGGCCCACUGAGGAUCCCCAACUCGUACGACUACGGUAACCUCAAUCGAGACACGGUAACUGAGGCUGAGACGUGGGGCCGACGAAGAUCAUCCUCCUUCUCGCGGAUUCGCCAGGUCGGCGGCCCGAACAGCAUCGACAAUUUCGCCCGCUCUUGGCAACGAGCCGCCUGUUUCCCAGAGGUACUACCGCGACGCUCGUCCUUCGUCGACGCAGAAUCAGACGAUGAUAUUGCCAUUGCGACGGGUCAGGAUUAUGACUAUGGCUAUGCACCCCGGAGCUCUUUCCCAUCCAUUGGUCGGAAUUCCGAUAUAGAGCGCCCUCUUCUCUCCGAAGACUCUGACGACGCUAAUGAUCACGACGAUGAGCCCGACAGACAGAACAGAGGGGUUUCCAGCGCGGGACUCCUGGCUUCUUCUCUGGAUCGAAGCUUCGCCGCCUCUUACGGCACGAUCUCUUCACGGGUGAGCGAGUCCGCGCGACGAAAUGCAAUUAAAUUCCACCAGGAGCAGCAGAUCGGUGAUGGGCUGGGAGAUCCGGACCGGGAGCCUUUACUUCUGAAGCAUGUUCAGCACGAUGACGGGACGCAGGAGGAUAUCGUGGUCGGGCAAUCGACUCUGCCUCAGACGGUUUUCAACUCGGUCAAUGUGCUGAUUGGUAUCGGGCUGCUGAGUCUUCCCUUGGCGAUGAAGCAAGCUGGCUGGCUACUGGGACUAAGCUUUCUGGUGUACUCUGCCCUGACUACCUCUUAUACGGCUAAGAUUCUGGCCAAGUGUCUCGAUGUCGAUCGCACUCUUGUCACAUAUGCGGAUCUGGCGUAUAUCAGUUUUGGUCAACAGGCUCGUUUGCUCACUAGCUUUCUUUUCUGUUUGGAAUUGCUAGGCGCCUGUGUUGCUUUAGCUGUGCUCUUUGCGGACAGUCUGUAUGCCUUGAUUCCGGGUCUCAGUAUUCUGCAAUGGAAGAUUGUUUGCGGGUUUGUUCUGAUCCCGCUUAACUUUCUGCCGCUGCGGUUUCUCAGCGUGACCAGCAUUUUGGGCAUCAUUUCUUGCACAUCAAUCGUACUCCUCAUCUGCGUUGAUGGUUUGAUCAAACCCGAUUCUCCGGGUUCCCUGCGCCAGCCAGCCAAAACAACUCUCUUCCCUGAGAACUGGGCCACUUUGCCUCUGAGCUUUGGUCUAAUUAUGUCUCCCUGGGGUGGACAUGGUGUCUUUCCCAAUAUCUACCGUGACAUGCGCCAUCCCCGAAAGUAUGGAAAGAGCUUGCGGGCCACUUAUCUAUUUACAUUCUCCCUUGACUGCUCCAUGGCCAUCAUCGGAUGGCUGAUGUUUGGAGAUAGCGUCCACGACGAAGUCACCGCCAACAUCCUCGGCUUGGAUGAGUAUCCGAAAGCCAUAUCCAUCUGUAUAAUAAUAUUCAUCGCCAUUAUUCCGCUCACCAAAGUGCCAUUAAAUGCUCGGCCAUUGGUGGCAACCUUUGAAGUCCUCUGCGGCGUGAAAGUCCCGGGACAUGGACAAUCGGGAGAGAAUGAACAGAAAUUUCUCCGGAUUGCAGUUCGAAUUUUCACCGUCGCUCUCAUCGUCGUUUUGUCCAUUAUUUUCCCGUCAUUUGACAGAAUCAUGGCGUUCCUGGGAUCGUUCUUGUGCUUUACCAUUUGCAUCAUAUUCCCACUUGCAUUUUAUUUGAAGAUCUUCGGUAAGGAGAUCAGUCGGCGUGAGCGAAUUUUCGAUUGGUUCCUGUUGAUCACAUCCACCAUCUUGGCGGCUGUUGGGACCGUUUGGGCAUUCUUGCCCCGCGAGUUGAUUGCUGGCAAUUAG